AUGUGCGGCUCGGCCUUGGCUUUUUUUACAGCUGCAUUUGUCUGCCUGCAAAACUGCCGGCGAGGUCCUGCCUCUUUUCUCCGGGCGGCCUGGAUGUUUUCACUUGUUCUUGGACUGGGCCAAAGUGAAAACAACAGAUGUACAGCCUCGAAUGCAGCCUCCUGCGCCAGCUGCCUUGCGCUGGGUCCAGAAUGUGGAUGGUGUGCUCAAGAGGAUUUCAUUUCAGGUGGAUCACGGAGUGAACGUUGUGAUAUUGUUUCCAAUUUAAGAAGCAAAGGCUGCAUGGUUGAUUCAAUAGAAUACCCGUCGGUGCGUGUAAUAAUACCAAGUGAAAAUGAAAUUAAUACCCAGGUGACACCAGGAGAAGUGUCAAUCCAGCUGCGUCCAGGAGCUGAAGCUAAUUUUAUGCUGAAAAUUCAUCCUCUGAAAAAAUAUCCUGUAGAUCUUUAUUAUCUGGUUGAUGUCUCAGCAUCGAUGCACAAUAAUAUAGAAAAAUUAAAUUCUGUUGGAAAUGAUUUGGCUAAAAAAAUGGCAUUUUUCUCCCGAGACUUUCGCCUUGGAUUUGGCUCAUACGUUGAUAAAACAGUUUCGCCAUAUAUUAGCAUCCACCCUGAAAGGAUUCAUAAUCAAUGCAGUGACUACAAUUUAAACUGUAUGCCUCCCCAUGGAUACAUCCAUGUGCUGUCGUUGACGGAGAACAUCACUGAGUUUGAGAAAGCGGUUCACAGACAGAAGAUCUCCGGAAACAUUGAUACCCCAGAAGGAGGUUUUGACGCCAUGCUUCAGGCAGCUGUCUGUGAGAGUCAUAUUGGAUGGAGAAAAGAAGCUAAAAGACUGCUGCUGGUGAUGACAGAUCAGACAUCUCAUCUUGCUCUUGAUAGCAAACUGGCAGGCAUCGUGGUACCCAAUGACGGAAACUGCCAUCUGAAAAACAACGUCUACGUCAAAUCAACCACCAUGGAACAUCCUUCGCUAGGCCAACUUUCAGAAAAAUUAAUAGACAACAAUAUUCAUGUCAUUUUUGCAGUUCAAGGAAAACAGUUUCACUGGUACAAGGACCUUCUACCCCUCUUACCUGGCACCAUUGCUGGUGAAAUAGAAUCAAAGGCUGCAAACCUCAAUAAUUUGGUAGUAGAAGCCUAUCAGAAACUCAUUUCAGAAGUGAAAGUUCAAGUGGAAAACCAGGUACAAGGCGUCUAUUUUAACAUUACAGCCAUCUGUCCAGAUGGGGCCAGAAAGCCAGGCAUGGAUGGAUGCAGAAAUGUGACAAGCAAUGACGAUGUUCUUUUCAAUGUAACAGUUACAAUGGAAAAAUGUGAUGUCACAGGAGGAAAAAACUAUGCAAUAAUCAAACCUAUUGGUUUCAAUGAAACCGCUAAAAUUCAUAUACACAGAAACUGCAGCUGUCAGUGUGAGGACAGCAGAGGAUCUAAAGGAAAGUGUGUAGAUGAAACUUUUCUAGAUUCCAAAUGUUUCCAGUGUGAUGAGAAUAAAUGUCAUUUUGACGAAGAUCGGUUUUCUUCUGAGAGUUGCAAGUCACACAAGGACCAACCUGUUUGCAGCGGUCGAGGAGUUUGUAUUUGUGGGAAAUGUUUAUGUCACAAAAUUAAGCUUGGAAAAGUGUAUGGAAAAUACUGUGAAAAGGAUGACUUUUCUUGUCCGUAUCACCAUGGAAAUCUGUGUGCUGGACAUGGCGAGUGUGAAGCGGGCAGAUGCCAAUGCUUCAGCGGCUGGGAGGGGGACCGGUGCCAGUGCUCAUCAGCAUCGGCCCAGCACUGCGUCAACUCACAGGGCCAGGUGUGCAGCGAAAGAGGCACGUGCGUGUGCGGCAGGUGUGAGUGCACUGACCCCAGGAGCAUCGGCCGCUUCUGUGAACACUGCCCCACCUGCCAUACAGCCUGCAAGGAAAACUGGAAUUGUGUUCAAUGCCUUCACCCUCACAAUCUGUCCGAAGCCAUGCUCAAGCAGUGUAAAACCUCAUGUGUGCUCACUGAACAGUAUUAUGUGGACCAAACAUCAGAAUGUUUUUCUAACCCAAGCUACUUGAGAAUAUUUUUCAUCAUAUUCAUAGUUACAUUCUUGAUUGGGUUGCUUAAAGUCCUUAUCAUUAGACAGGUGAUCCUACAAUGGAAUAGUAAUAAAAUGAAGUCCUCAUCAGAUUACAGAGCAUCAGCCUCAAAAAAGGAUAAGUUGAUUCUGCAAAGUGUUUGCUCAAGAACAGUAACCUACCGACGUGAGAAACCUGAAGAAAUAAAAAUGGAUAUCAGCAAAUUAAAUGCUGAUGAAACCUAUAGGUGCAACUUCUAA